AUUAAUGUUACGUUUUCUUCUUCAUAUACAUCACUUGUCGGAUUUUGAUUAACUUUAAGAAAAAGAAGGAUCCUUUUGUUGAUUUGGAUAUAACAAUUGCAUAACAACACCAAUAAUAACAAUAUUAAUUAAAACAGAACAGUAGCAUCAAUAACAACAAUACCAAAAAGAAAAACAUGGAUAUGAUAAAGAGAAUGACAUCUAGAUUCACUAAUUUCUAUGACGGAAAGCAUAAAUCUCAAUCUGCUUUGAAUGUGACCGUCUUUUCUGUAAAACCUGAACCACAAGAGAAUGAACCGAAACCUCAGUAUGAUCCACAACAUCCAAUGCAUGCUGAAUUUCCUUUUAUCCCAGACAGAGCCCGAAUAAUUAUAAAAGAUUGUUUACAUGAACAUUUAGAGGGAACAGUAUAUGAUGAAAAUACAGCAAAGAAGAAAGCCAUCCUUAUGAGUAACAUCAUCAAAAAUGAAGUCAAACAGCUGAACUUUUCACGUUACAAAUAUGUAUCCACAGUUCUAAUAGGAGAAAAAAAACGACAGGACUUGGCACUAAGCAGGAAGGUAUUGCAAUCAGCUGAAGAUGAUGGUUAUGCUGAAUAUGUAUUUGAAAACAGCACAUUAGUUGCACAUGGGGUGAUAGUGGCUUUUUACUGUGAAUGAUAUAGAAGCACUUGCACAUAAUCUUCAAUCAAAUAACGUUCUUUGAGGAGUUUGUUGUUAAUAAAAUUAUAUCAUUCUUAGAAA